AGCAGAGAGAGAGGCCUCUCCAUCUUCCUCCGCGUAAAACCUCUGAUAAAACCCCCAAAACCCCAUUAAUUUUUCUCUCACAAAGCUUCAAUCUUUUGCUUAAAAGAGAUCAAAAAUCCCAUUUUCCGCAAAACCCACCUCCCAUUCUGCGCCAAAAUCCCAUUUUUUCUGGUAAUGCCAUUUGGGUUUCAAUGGCUCAAGAAUCUGGGUCGUCUGAGUCCCCCAAUUGGAGACUCAUUCUGGAUUUUCCUUCAAAUGCUCCUGUGUUCGGCUGCAGAUUCCAGCCCUACAUUCGUGUGGUCACACCCAAAGGCUCUUUUCAAUUCCCGCCUCACGAGAAUUCUUGCACCUGGUACCGAGAGAAUGUUUGCUCGUCUUCCAAUCAAGAGAAGGUUCGCUGUUUUGUCCACCAUGACAAGCUGUCCACAAUUCAGUGUAGAGUUUGUGUAGGUCAAAAUCGACAUACCAAGAUAAGUUACUAUUGCUCUAACACUUGUUAUAUGGCUGCCUGGAACAAGCACAAGUUGCACCAUCAUUUUGCAGAUCCUGAUCCACAAGCAGUGAAAAUCAUCAAGAGUUUUGGGCCUUAUGGCUCCUAUCCUGAUUUACCUGGCUAUCCGGAUGACGAUUCACAACCUGAUGAGGCGGUGGAACAAGAUGGGAAAACAUGGAUUGAAAUGGGACCUUGGGAAUAUUAUGUACCCACGGAGCAUGAUAUUGGAUUUUGUCUGAGGCUAAAAGUUGAAGUUGUUGAUUCUUCAACGCGUACACAAUUGUGCCCAGCAAGAAUCGAAGUGACAGAUCCUGUGAUUUAUCCUCCUCCUCAUCCACCGCGUUGUACAAUGUGGAACUCUUGCAUCGCUGACCUCAAAGAACACUCUUCUAACGAUGUAACAUUUAGGGUGCUGUCCUAUAAUAUUCUCGCUGAUUAUCUUGCUACUAGUGGUAGUAACCGGCACGAUUACUGCCCAGAUUGGGCUCUUUCAUGGGCAUAUCGUCAGCAAAAUUUACUUUAUGAGAUCAUUGACUAUGACGCAGAUAUCUUAUGUCUCCAAGAGGUACAGAAAGAUCAUUUUGAGAAUUUCCUCAAACCUGAGUUGGCAAAAUAUGGAUACUCGGUUGUAUACAAGAAGAAAAAGACCGAGAUAUUUACGUUUAAGUCCCAGCUUACAGUUGAUGGAUGUGCUACAUUUUACCGUGAUCAACGCUUCAAAGAAAUUGCAACAUAUGAGCUUGAGUUUAAUAAUUCAGCAAAGCCCUUUGUAGAUUCAUUGGAUGGUGAACAGAAAAAAGAAGCUCUCCGUCUGUUGAAGGACAAUGUUGCACUUGUUGUUAUAUUAGAAAUGGUGGAAAAUGAGGGCUCUUCUGAUGGCAAUCGACCUAGAAUUUGUGUGGUAGCAAAUACCCAUAUACAUGCAAAUGUACAAAAUCCAGACAUUAAAUUGUUCCAGGUUGUAACCCUCAUCCAUGCACUUGAGAAAAUUGCCGAGUUGAAGAUUCCCCUGCUGAUUUGUGCAGAUUUGAACUCUCUGCCUCAGAGUGAUCCUUAUAUGUUCAUAAGCAAGGCCAGAGUUGAGAUUCUUCCCAUCAAGGAAACUGAUAAAUCGGGCAUAUUGCAGACACUCAAGCUUUCUCAUCCAUUGAAUCUGGUAAGUGCAUAUGCAACUUUUUUUCAGUCUGAUGGGGUCGAGGAUCACCAACGUGAGAAGAUGGAUCCUGAAACCAGGGAGCCUUUGUUCACCAGCCACACACCAUCCUUCUUUGGAACUUUAGAUUAUAUAUUCUACACAGCUGCUAGCUUGAGGCUUGACAGCGUAUUGGAGCUUCUUGACAAAGAAGGUUACCUUCCAUCUGCUAAAUGGUCAUCAGACCAUAUUGCCCUCAUGGCAAGUUUUUCUCUUGAGACAAGCACUUACAAUCGGAGCUCAGAACCUCUUCCAGAGAGCCUAGGGCAGCACCCAACAUUUUUGCACAACAAUAAAGUUUUACAGGAAAGCUGAAGAUGAUUGAGAGAUUACUUAGUCCGAUAAUCAGUACGGAAUGAAUUCAAAUUCUAUACAAAACCCGCAGCUGGCAAAGUUGGUACUUGCAUAGGAUACAUGAAAAUACACAGAAGAUUAAAGAUUAGCAUCGAUCUCUACAGUUUCGUCGAUUUAGGUCAAGAUGUAGAUACACAGAAGAAGAUUAGACACAGAAGGGAAGAUUAGCAUUCAAAUUUUCUUCCUUAUACACAGUGACAAUUCAUCGUUUUUUUCUUUUCUAACAUGGUAACUUUUCAGGGACCUCGUCUUUCUGUAAGAUUGACUUGAAUGCUGCUCUAUAGUUGAACAUUUUCCGUUUCUGGUAA